GAGAAAACUGCUGGCUAAUUCUGUCAGUUUGAAACAGAAUGGCAUCAACACCAGUGUUCCUAGAAGCUGGAAGUCUCCCAUGGAGCAGAGCCCUCGUGUGUGUCCUGGUGCAGGCUCUGGCCCAAGCUGGAGCUUCAGCUCUGACAGAAACUCCCCCAAAUCCACAAACCUCCCGUCAGUGCUUUCUGUUCAUUCCAGCAGCUCUUCUGCCAAAGCCAACCAAACCCUGGACAGCUCUUGUGCUCCAAGGCAGGGUGCUGAGGAGACCCCGGGCCCUGCAGCGCUGCCUGGUGCCAGGGCAGGUGCCAGGGCAGGUGCCAGGGAGGGAGCUUCCCUCAGGCUGAGCCUGCAGUCCUGCGAGGCUGUGGGCUCCACUCCUGCUGCUGCACAGCCAGCCCUCCCCAUGGCAGCAAAGAACCAUCCAGAUCCAGUGGUUCAUAACCCUGCACUGGAGCGUUUCAGGGGCAUGAAAUUUCCCCAUUCUGCAGAAAUGAUGAAUAUAUUCCACAAGAAGUUUGGAUUGCACUGUUUCCGGACAAACCAGCUGGAGGCCAUCAAUGCUGCUCUGCUGGGGGAGGAUUGUUUCAUCCUCAUGCCCACAGGAGGUGGGAAGAGCCUGUGCUACCAGUUACCAGCCUGUGUCUCUGCCGGGGUCACCAUCGUUAUUUCUCCGCUCAGGUCGCUCAUCAUCGAUCAGGUUCAGAAGCUGAAGACUUUAGAUAUUGCUGCAACAUACCUGACUGGUGACAGAACAGAUGCUGAUGCCUCAAAAAUCUACAUGCAGUUGUCGAAGAAAGACCCUGUGAUAAAGCUGCUGUAUGUCACCCCUGAGAAGGUGUGUGCCAGCAGCCGCCUGAUGUCCGCCCUGGAGAACCUCUAUGACAGGAAACUCCUGGCACGUUUUGUCAUUGACGAGGCCCACUGUGUCAGCCAGUGGGGCCAUGACUUCCGCCAGGACUACAAGCGGCUGAACACGCUGCGCAGGAAGUUCCGCUCCGUGCCCAUGAUGGCCCUGACGGCCACCGCCAACCCCCGCGUGCAGAAGGACAUCCUCAACCAGCUCGAGAUGCUCAAGCCACAAGUGUUUACAAUGAGCUUCAACAGGCAUAACUUGAAAUAUGAUGUGUUGCCCAAGAAGCCAAAGAAGGUGGCGAUGGAUUGCUUGGAAUGGAUUAAAAAAUAUCACCCCCAUGACUCUGGGAUCAUCUAUUGCCUUUCCCGGCACGAGUGUGACACCACAGCAGCCAUCCUGCAGAAGGAGGGGCUGGCUGCCCUGGCCUACCACGCCGGCCUCACCGACUCCAACAGGGAUCUGGUGCAGCAGAAGUGGGUUAAUCAGGAGGGUUGCCAGGUGAUAUGUGCAACAAUUGCCUUUGGAAUGGGCAUCGACAAGCCCGACGUGCGCUACGUUAUCCACGCGUCCCUUCCCAAAUCCAUCGAGGGCUACUACCAGGAGUCUGGCAGAGCUGGCAGGGAUGGAGAGAUGUCCCACUGCCUGCUCUUCUACAGCUACAGUGAUGUCACCAGGCUGAGAAGGCUUAUCCUGAUGGAGAAGGAUGGGAACAGCCACACGAGGCAGACCCACUUCAACAACCUGUACAGCAUGGUGCACUACUGCGAGAACGUGGUCGAGUGCCGCCGCGUCCAGCUGCUCGCCUACUUUGGGGAGACCAACUUCAACCCCACCUUCUGCAAAGACCACCCAGAGGUGAUUUGUGACAACUGCAGUAGAAAGAAGGAUUAUAAAUCACGGAACGUGACCGAGGAUGUGAAGAGCAUCGUGCGGUUUGUGCGCGAGCACUGCGCGCAGGCGGGGCGGAUCAACGGCAGCAGGAACCCAGGCUCUGGCCGGUACACCCUCAACAUGAUGGUGGACAUUUUCCUAGGUUCAACGAGUGCCAAGAUUCAGUCUGGAAUAUUUGGGAAGGGAGCUGCCUAUUCCAGGCACAAUGCUGAAAGGCUGUUCAGAAAGCUGGUCCUGGACAAGAUCCUGGAUGAGGAUUUGUACAUCACAGCUAAUGACCAGGCAGUGGCCUAUGUCAUUCUGGGAGAGAGAGCUCAGGCUGUGCUGGAUGGGUCACUCCAGGUGGAGUUCCACGAGACAGAGAGUGCCAGUGCCAUCAGAAGGCAAAGGGCUUCCAUGGCAAAGAUGUCCCAGCGGGAAGAGAUGGUGAAACAGUGCCUCAGUGAACUUACAGACACCUGCAAAACCCUGGGCAAAGUCUUUGACGUGCAUUACUUCAAUAUCUUCAGUACUUCCACCCUAAAGAAAAUAGCAGAAACCUUGUCCUCAGACGUGGAGGUGUUGCUGCAGAUCGAUGGUGUCACAGAAGACAAACUGGAGAAGUACGGUGCAGAAAUAAUUAAAGUGAUGGAUAAGUACUCAGAAUGCUCCAUCCCAGAAGAUGCUGCCUGCCCGGGCGGGGACACGGCCACGGGGAGCACGGGCUCGCUGGGGAGCGAUGGGGAAGCAGAGGAUGCAGGCACGACCUCCAGCUAUUUUGGCAAUAACACAAACCAGAGGAGGAAGAGGAAGCGGGCGCCCACCUCCAGGGACACCAAGAGGAAAAGGACGGGUGGUGGUGGCAGCCAGCAGUUCCACCCCAGAGGUGGCUACAGCAGGUACAGAAGGACCAAGAAGCUGCCGAGUUCAAAGGCUCCAGCCUCCUCCGGUGCCAGCUCCGGGUCCUACAGCGUUGGUGGCACACAGGGAGCUGCUGGGAAGCUGGCCAUGAUGGCACUGCCCAAACCCAAAUCCAGGAGCUUCCUUCAGCCUUCGUAUUCCAUAUUUUAGCUGAGAAAUGCAAUUACAGGAUGAAUUUCCUGAAGAUGGAAUUAUUGUUUAUUAAAUUUUUGUUUAGUUUGCUGCUGCUGAACCUUUUGGGACUUGUGUAUUUGUCGAGUACAAAAGCUCACAUUAAAUAAGUAUUUUUUAACUUGUCAGUUUA